AUGGACAAACAAAUAAAUGUGGCCAUAUUUGGAAUUACUGGAGGAGGAAAAUCCACCAUUGCUAAUAUGUUACUUGUUGGUGACCUUUCUGAUAAUAAUCCUUUUCAGAUCGGUGACUGUGCAAGAGGAGUAACUUCUGAUCUUAAUCAUUAUUUUAAUGGAAAGUUUGGAGUAAUUGAUCUACCUGGAUUUGGUGAAGGACCUUCGGGAACUGUUAAACAUAGUGAGGCUAUUAAAAUAGCUAGAGAGCAUUUUUCGGCUAUGGAACUUCCACUAAACUACAUAUUCUAUGUGAAAAAGAAGGGCAGGUUUACCGAAGCGGAGCAUGUAAUGUUUAACGAAUUUAAAGAUAUAUUUAAUGAUGCUGAGGAUAAAAUAGUUAUAAUAAUUACUAACUGUAAAGAAAAAGAAUGGAUUGUGGAAAAUAGCAAAGAAAUCAAAAAAAAUUUUGAUAAUUUGUUAGAGAAACUUUCAUUCCUAAAUUAUGAAGGCAUUAUUCCGGAAGUUUAUAGUUCAUUUGAAAUUGCCGAGCAAAAAGCAGAAAAAUGGGUUAGUCUUACGACAUAUUUGAUCGGUGGCGGUGUAGCAUAUAAUAUGGUCACUUCUGGUGUCUAUUUUAUGAAAGGAAAGCCAAAGAUUGCAAAAGAACGUCUUAAGAAAGCACUUACUGAUGAUUUGCUUCAUACUGCUGGUCUUCCUCCACUACGCGAAG